AUGGACUAUCCAUACUUCACGACUGCGGCUCCCCAGCCUUACCAAUUUCUUGACUUGCCUCCUACACCUGUCCAUACUGCACCCAACAACUCAGAACACUAUAGCAACUCUCCACCCGUUCGUGACCACUCUCAUACAUUCAAGUCCUGUACCGAGGAACUUUUCUUGACUUCCAAGCAGGAUACCUUCGGGUUUCAGAAUUUCGAAGCUUUCAAUCCAAAUCACUUUAGCAAUAGCAAUGAUCUGCAACCGAGGCCGUCCGCCAAUUCAGUAUCCCAGCACAAUGUUACUGGUGGGAAUGGCAAUGGGCGCCAGAGUUACGAGAUGAGCAUUAAUGGGGCAGAUGCUAUCGAUGAGGCCAACCGGCGGGGAAGCAAUAGUGACGAUGAUGAGAACAUGACGCCCGCGCAAUCCCGUCGCAAAGCCCAGAAUCGCGCGGCACAACGGGCCUUCCGCGAGCGCAAAGAGCGCCAUGUCAAAGACCUCGAAACAAAACUAGCCGACAUGGAGAAAACGUCGGCUACCGUGGCCGAAGAGAACGAACGGCUGAAGCUUCAGCUCCGGAAGGCCGCCACCGAAAACGAGAUCCUCAAGGCGACAGCCUCAACUCCGAGGCACGGGGGCUCCGGACCUUUGCUUAAUGCUGGCCCGAUGCGAUAUUCUCCUACGGAUUUCUACACCAACCUGUUAUAUGAGCAUGACAACAAGACACCAAGUCACCGGAUCGUCACAGGUGAUAAUGGGGACAGACUGCUCGCUGCGGCUGCUGCGUGGGACUAUAUCAUCAAGCAUCCACUGUAUGCUAGAGGACUUGUCGAUAUUGGCAAAGUUAGUGACAGGCUGAAGAAAGCAGCCAGGUGUGAUGGGCAAGGCCCCGUGUUUGAAGAGCGCGCAAUUAUCGAUGCGAUUGAGAAAAGCGUUGCGAGUGGCAGUGAUGACUUGCUUUGA